AUGCAGCCUCCUGAAGGAGCGCAAGUCGACCUGGGCAAGGCCCAGGUCAUCGACCGUGUCCCUAAAGUGAUCAAGGAGUUGAAAUUCGGUGUUCUGACAAACGAUGAUAUCGUCGGACAAGCCGUGGUCGAAGUCUCGGAUCGCAAGUUCUUCGACCUUGAAAAUGACCGAACGGUCGUAGCGCAUGGUCCUUUGGACGCGCGCAUGGGAAUUUCGAACAAAACCGGAACCUGUCAGACUUGCGGAGGUGGGCUGCACAUUUGUAACGGCCACUUUGGCCAUGUCAGGCUGGUUCUUCCUGCUUUCCAUGUUGGUUACUUCAAGCGCGUCAUCGGAAUCUUGCAAGAAAUCUGCAAAGAAUGUUCGCACAUCCUACUCCCAGAGGCGGAGCGCCGAGCCUUCCUUCGGGAAAUGCGCCGACCGGGAUUGGAUAACUUGCGGCGGAUGCAAAUCGCCAAACGGAUCAACGAGCGAUGCAGGAAGACCCGACACUGUGGGAUUUGCGGCACGGAGAACGGUGUGGUGAAAAAGACUGGCUCUAGCGCGCUCAAAAUCACCCACGACAAAUUCCGCGCCUACAAUGCCUCGACCUCGGCCAAGAAGCACCCGCCUCCCAGCAAGGUCGUUUUCGAUGCGUCCUUUGAGGAAGUGAGAAGAUCAAAUGGCGAGGUAGAGAAACACUACAAGAAGGCACAGGAUGACAUGAACCCUUUGCGUGUCCUGAAGCUGUUCAAGCGGGUUUCAGACACGGAUUGUGAGCUUUUGGGCCUGAAUCCACAAGAGGCACGACCGGAGAUGUUCCUCUGGCAGUUCAUCCCUGCCCCACCCGUGUGUAUUCGGCCUUCCGUGGGCCAGGAUUCCGCAUCGACGGAGGACGACUUGACUGCAAAGUUAGGUGAUAUCGUCCAGAGCAACCUCAACCUCAAAAACGCUUUGCUGAAGGGCGUGCCGGUACAGACCAUCAUGGAAUGCUGGGACUACAUGCAGCUCCAGAUUGCAGUCUACAUCAACAGUGAUGUGCCGGGUCUCAACAAAGCUGACCUGGGAAAGCCCAUUCGAGGAUUUGUUCAGCGGCUGAAGGGAAAGCAAGGUCGAUUCCGUGGUAACCUUUCGGGAAAACGUGUUGACUUCUCUGGUCGUACGGUGAUUUCGCCCGACCCGAACCUGCGUGUGGACGAGGUUGCCGUCCCUGAACUGGUGGCAAAGAACAUGACCUACCCAGAGACCGUGACCCGGUACAACAAGGCAAAGCUGCAACAGCGUGUGUGUAAUGGCAUGAGGAAAUGGCCUGGUGCGAACUACAUCGUCAAGAAAGGUUCCGCCUACAAGACCUACUUGAAAUUCGGCAACCUCAAAUACAUGGCCGACGAGCUGCAAGAGGGAGAUGUGGUCGAGCGUCAUAUUGAAGACGGGGAUAUUGUACUCUUCAAUCGCCAGCCCUCUCUCCACAAACUUAGUAUUCUCUCUCACUUUGCUAAAGUUCGACCGCACCGAACAUUCCGCCUGAAUGAAUGUGUCUGCAAUCCUUACAACGCCGAUUUCGACGGAGAUGAGAUGAAUUUGCACGUCCCCCAAACGGAGGAGGCUAGAGCUGAGGCGAUGGAACUGAUGGGCGUGAAGAACAACUUGGCGACCCCGAAGAACGGCGAACCUAUAAUUUCUGCCAUUCAGGAUUUCAUCAGUGCCGCUUACUUGCUCAGCAGCAAAGACAACUUUUUUGAUCGCGCCUCUUUCGCGCAGAUUUGCCUUUAUAUGCUGGGCCCGGGAACUCGAUUUGACCUCCCGCCGCCGUCGGUUCUCAAGCCACAGAUGCUCUGGACUGGCAAACAGGUUUUCAAUGUCCUUAUGCAUCCAAACAAGGAUGACCCUGUUCUUGUGAACCUGGAUGCGGCUUGUCGUGAGUUCAAACAACCCAAGGAUGGCCGGCCGAAGGACUUGGACCCCAACGAUGCUUGGCUGGUCAUCCGUAACUCGGAGGUCAUGUGCGGCGUUAUGGAUAAAUCCACGAUUGGUUCUGGAAAGAAGGACAACGUGUUUUACAUCAUGCUGAGAGAUUUCGGCCCUGCCGCCGCUGCGGAGGGUAUGAACCGGCUUUCGAAAUUGUCGGCGCGGUGGUUCACCAACAUCGGUUUCUCGAUCGGUAUCGGAGACGUGUACCCCAGUGAGAAGCUUACAAAGUCGAAGAACGACCUUGUCGAGACCGCGUAUGCUCAGUGUGACGAGGUCAUCGCCAAAUACAAAUCCAACACUCUCGAAAAAUACCCUGGCUGUGAUGAACUGCAGACCAUGGAGAACCAAAUCUCCGGUAUUCUCAGCAAGGUUCGUCAGCAAGCCGGUGAUGAGUGUAUUGAACAGCUCAGCAAGUACAACUCGCCUUUGAUCAUGGCCACUUCUGGAUCGAAGGGUUCCAGUAUCAACGUGUCCCAGAUGGUUGCGCUUGUCGGUCAACAAAUUAUUGGUGGACAACGUGUGCAGGAUGGCUUCCAAGAUCGGACCCUGCCCCAUUUCCCGAAGAACGCGCGCCAGCCUCCUUCAAAGGGAUUUGUGCGGAACAGUUUCUUCUCGGGCCUUGAGCCCACCGAGUUCAUUUUCCACGCCAUGUCUGGUCGUGAAGGUCUGGUUGAUACAGCUGUCAAGACUGCUGAGACCGGUUACAUGUCUCGUCGACUGAUGAAAUCCCUGGAAGAUCUAUCUACUCGAUACGAUGACACCGUCCGGAAUUCCUCGGCUGCCAUUGUGCAAUUCCAAUACGGUGAUGAUAAACUGGACCCCGUGGAUAUGGAAGGCAAAGCCAAGCCUGUCCACUUUGACCGAACUUUCAUCCAUUCCGAGUCUACUACGUACAACAAUGAUGAGCGCAGCUUGUUGCCAUCUGAAAUCAUGGAUGUUUGCGAGGAAAUGCUCUCAACGGAACGAGCAAAGUUGUUCCGCAAAGACUUACUGGGCAAAGAUCUUGACUAUGCGGACCGAAGCGACCACGGUAUCGAUCAAUUUGAGAGUGCCCGUGACUUCCUUGACUCGAUUGAACAAUAUGUCCAAACCAAAGCCGAAAAGUUGAUCUCUCGUGGUGGAGAUAUCGACCCCUCCGACAAGAGAAGCCGGAAGGGCUUAGAUCACACAGGCAAGCUGACGGAGACGACCUUGCGGGCAUUUAUCACGGCAUGUCUAUUGAAAUACAAGAGAGCCCAGGUCGAGCCUGGCCACGCUGUUGGCGCUGUCGGCGCACAGUCCAUUGGUGAACCAGGAACGCAAAUGACGCUGAAAACCUUCCACUUUGCUGGUGUCGCUGGUAUGAGUAUCACUCAGGGCGUUCCUCGUAUCAAGGAAAUCAUCAACGCCUCGAAGACGAUCAGUACUCCUGUCAUUUCCUGUGAACUGGACAACAAGGCUAGCAUCCACGCUGCCCGCAUCACCAAGGGACGAAUCGAGAAGACGUAUCUGCGUGACAUCAUCUCCAAGCUUUCCGAUGAUUGGACUCCAGACGGCCAGGCAUUCCUUACCGUUAGGAUCAACCAGACUACCAUUGAUGCGUUGCAACUCGAGCUCAAGACGAGCCAGAUCCUUGCAGCUAUCAAGAAUCACAAGCGAUUCAAGGCUGAUGAUCUCAAGUUCUCGUAUGCCGACAACAAAAUCAUGAUCUACGUCGAUAUGGAUCCAUCCAGCAAGUCAUCCCUGUCAAAGACAGAGAUUGCAGCUACGAGCGUCGAUCCCUUCUUGCGACUGAAGCACCUGAGACGUCUCCUGCCCAACAUCCAGGUCUGGGGCCACCCGGAUGCCAACCGUGCUAUCAUUCGCACCGACGAGACCUCAACCCAGCACACGCUGCUGGUGGAGGGCUACGGACUUCGGGCGUGCAUGACCACCCCCGGUGUGAACGGUCUGCACACCACAACCAACAAUGUUAUGGAAGCGCGCGACGUGCUCGGUAUUGAGGCUGCGCGGACUACGAUUAUCAAGGAAAUCAGCGAGGUCAUGAAGGACAUGGACAUCGACCCCCGGCACAUGCAACUUCUGGCAGACGUGAUGACAUAUAAGGGCGAAGUUCUGGGAAUUACUCGGUUCGGUUUGGCCAAGAUGCGUGACUCGGUGCUUCAGUUGGCUUCCUUCGAGAAGACGGCCGACCACCUCUUCGACGCCGGUGGUGCAGGUCGCACUGAUUUGAUCGAGGGUGUGUCUGAAUGUAUCAUCAUGGGCAAGACGGUGGGAUUGGGCACGGGCGCUAUGGAAGUCGUGCGGAAGCUGAACUUCUACGAGGGCCAGAUUGGGCCCCGGAAGACUGUAUUUGAAGAUGCUUGGACUGAACUGUGUGAGGCGCCCACUGCGAAGAGAGGCAAGAGAAAGGUUCAGUGA